UUUAAGGAGAGAAGUUCGAGUUUUCUUUUGAUAUUGUUAUCGAAAAUUAAUCACCAUUCAAAAUGGCCGCGCGAGCAAUCAUUGGUUACAUUUAUUGUGCACUGUGCAUAAUGGGACUCAUAAGUUGCAUUGUGUCAAGUGAUUCCAUGAUAUAUGAACAUAAUGGAAAAACUGAGAUCAACAACGGAAAAAUCUGCUUUAACAUAUUUGCUAUAACAACAAUUCUGUACACAGUUACUUUAAUCGUAGGCGUCGUGAAGCGUGAUGUUAUAAUUAUACAAAACUACAAACAGUACGUCACGGCCAUUUUCAACUUCGGACUUGUGGCACUACUCGUAACUGUUUUUAUUUUCAACGAAGCGUUCAAUUGGAACCUGGAUGCAACUCUCGGUUUAAUGGCGUUGGUGGGAAUUCCUCUCACAGUCAUUCAUCAACUGAUUUGUGUAAUUGCUGAUGUUCUGCUUGUAUAUGCAUCGAAUGCAAGCAAUGAAAUGAGGUCAGAUAAAUAGUGACUCUUCUUACAUGGAAAUAAUAAUAACAUAAUUGAUGAGAACAUUGAAUUCAAUUACUGUAUACUUUCAUUUCCUUCGAUAUAUUCAGAACGUUCGAAAAUUAUUUUAAACAUUCAAAUAUCAGUUUGUUAAACAUUUAUUGAGUAUAGUAAUAAGUUUGAUAGCACCUUAAUACUAAUCCCAUGUGAAAACUAACCAGAUCUUCUAAAAUAGCACAUUUGAAUUGCGGAAUAGUUACGAAAUGAGAACUUUUAUAAAAUUAUAGUGCAAGAAUAAAAACCGAGUGGAAAAAAUUUUAAAUAACAUUGUCUGUACUUAUUUUUCUAAUAUACAUUUAGCACUAUACAUUUAGGACAUUUUAAAAAAAAUAAUAUCUCGCAUCAUGAAUCUGGUCCAAAAAAAUUUUAAAAAAUUCACUUGAGAGAAUCCUUCUACCUUAUUGUAGGACUCUCUCGAUAUCCCAUUUAAAAACUCAAUUAAAAACAUUGACAUUGCUUUAACCUAUGACAGAAGAGCAAUUCCAGAAAUGCUUAGCAGAUCAUCAGACUCGACCCUCUCCGAUUUGGAUGAAACUUUGCUCAUGGCUUCAGUAUGGCAACCCAUAAGUUUUGGAUGGAGAGGUCAAUCCGACUCACGACUGAUUUUUAAAAAGGGCGUAUGUAGUUUAGCAUUUCUCAAAAAUUGCCUUUUUCAAAUCGUUGUAACUCGGAAACCGUUAAUUGUACAAAAAAGGCGUUCAGGAAGAAGUUGUAGCGAAUCAAUAGGACACUCUAAAAAAUAUACAAUGAAAAAAAAAUUGAUUUUUUUCUCAAUAAUUUCAAAAUGAACCAAUAAUAUUAAAUUAAAAAAAAUCAGGGUUUCGAUUUUUUUGAUAAUUUUUAUUUUAAAGCUCUUGUUAAAACCUACAUAUUGAUGGCGAUCCCAUCCGUGCCUUUUGAAAAAUGAAGAAGUUACAGCUAAAACAAUUUGCAGAUAUAUGCGAAAUUUCAAGUUCUCGUUGGAAGAUAAUCAUUUAAACAGUAGAACUAACGUAACUACGUCAAAACGAAUAAACACAUGGUGAAUCAAAGAGGUGUACCGUGUGCCAGUGCCUACAUACUGUUUAAAACCAACGUAUGUACCGGCGAAUUGCUCACUUAAAUUCUACCUGUCUCACAUAUAAAUAGCUAUGCAUCGUAGAACAGAUAUCAGUUUAUAACAAAUCUCUUUCGAAACAGUUAAAAUACUACAAUAUGGUUUUCCCAAAGUGUUGUAAACCUUUUCCUGGUUUUGUGUGUUUCAGAAAUUUUUUCCAAUUAAAAGAAACCAUAAUUGGAAAAUUAGAAGCUCGAAAGUACAUGGUUAAAUUUUACACCACGUUAAGCAUUUGUGAUCGCUGUCGUAGACGGGCUUAUAAAGGGUGAUUUUUUAAGA